CAGCGGGACCAUGGCUGCCAUCGACGAGCGCACCUUCAUCGCCAUCAAGCCCGAUGGGGUCCAGAGGGGGCUGGUGGGGGAGAUCAUCAAACGCUUCGAGACAAAAGGAUUCAAACUGGUAGCCAUGAAAUUAAUACAUGCCUCUGAGGACCUUCUGAGGGAACACUACAUCGACCUCAAGGACCGGCCGUUCUACGAUGGCCUGGUGCAGUACAUGCACUCGGGACCUGUCGUAGCCAUGGUGUGGGAAGGUCUUAAUGUGAUUAAGACUGGGAGAUUGAUGCUGGGGGAAACCAACCCAUUUGAUUCCAAGCCUGGCACUAUUCGUGGAGACUUCUGUGUCCAAGUUGGAAGGAACAUCAUUCAUGGCAGUGAUUCUGUGGAAAGUGCUGAGACAGAGAUCAAUUUAUGGUUCACUCCUGAAGAACUGGUUGAUUACAGAAGCUGUGCUCAUGAGUGGAUCUAUGAUUAACACCCAGCCUGGAUCUUCUGGUAUCCCCAUGUCCAUGAGCAGCUGCCAGCCUCUAGUUAUUCCAAAGAAUUCCCUGGUAGAAACCUCAGAAAACAGUGAGAUUCCUCUGUUGUGGAUGUUAAAAAGGGUCAGGACUUGCUGCUCGUUUGAUUUAAAAGCUGUCAAGUUACAGAUGGAACUGUAUGUUUUAAAAGCUGCUUCUGAGAUUGAGAGAUAUGAGGUGAAAAACACAGAGCAGAUAACAUAUAUUUUUUGAAGCACUU